CGGUGACGCGCCCACGCAGCUGCCCUUCCCACGCCGUCUCUGCCAAUCGCAGCUAUCGUCACCUCGCUUCCUUCCCCACACUCCACCUUUGCCUUCUACUUCGACUCUCAAUCGCGGUGCAGCUUCUCCCUGCACCCACAUUCCCUUCGUCGUUUCCACCGCGUUGCUACUCAACAGAAACCGAUAAUUUAGUUGCUUCUCCUGCGUUUCUUCUCUACUUCUCCAUCUACUUGGCCAUAUACGUCGCCAACGGAGUAUCGAGCAGCCGUGUCUUGCAUAUUAUCUUCGCAUCUGCCCAGUCACGUCGAAUUACACGCAUCUCUCUGAUCUCUUUCAUCUACCUGCACCUCGCUGCCAGCAAGUAUGGCCUUCAAUAUAACUUCAGACGGCUCUCCCACACCCCGCAAAGGUCCCACUCGGCUCAACAUGCCUCCUGGUGAUCUGAGAGUCGAUACUUCACCCGAGGUACUGCGCCAGUACAAUGGCAAUGGCCAGAACUUCUUCCCAUUCAAACUUCAUCCUUCCUCUGGCUCGUCGUUGACAUCCAGUCUGCAGGGUCUGAAGCGGCCGCUUGGUACCUCUACCAUGAGCAAUGUCGGUAUGCCCUCAAUGCAGCUUCAGCAGCAGCCGCAUCUCGGUGGCUUCAAGAACAAGGGCGAUCACUAUCAAGACAAGUCUGUCAUGGACUCACUUCUGCAGCGUCUGAACGAGCGGUCUUCACCCGACGACCCUUACAAGUCCUCUUCUAGUAGCUCUGUUCCGAUCACCCCGGCUUCCGACAACUACGCAAGCACACCACCCACCAUGACGUCCUCUGACUCCUCUGUUCUUGUCAAUGCAGCCGAGCUACAGAAGAUCAGGAACGAACUACAGGCGGCUAAGGACGAGAUCAACCGUAUGAAUCAGGAGUCACACAGCCAUCAUGUCGCCAGGUCUACAAUGGAGCACCUUAGCCAGUCGUCCGACACCGACUACAGUUUUGUCGGUGACGUUUCGGAGCAAACACUUACACAGUUGCAGCACAACUUCAACGCUUCGACUCGCCCCCAAGAUAGCUGGUCCAACGACUCCAUUCGCCCGUCAUAUAACACGAAUAACAGCUUCGGGUCUCAAUACCAGAGCCAAGCACAUACGCAAACCCGGCCACCGGUCCCCAUUGGUCAGCCUGUAGUGCGACGAGCCAACAGUUACCUCAACGAGCCGACCCAUUUCCCUCUUGACCAGGGCUUCCGUGGCGGCGGAAUCAACGCUGGUAUUGGCAGUUUCAUCGGCAAUGGAAUGGGCGCGGGUUUCGCUACCGGCUACAACAACAGCAUGAGCAACCCACCGAGCCGUCCUGAAUCCGCAUUUGAUUCUACCUACAGCCAGUAUGGAGGAUCAACUAUGCAGUCUGCCAAUUAUUCUAUGCCAAUCGGGAGUGGUAGUGGAAGCAGACUGUCUCCGGUUGCCAACGAGUUCGAUUUGUCCACCGGCAUGGGCCCGUCACCGUGGAACUCUCAGGCACCAAGCGAGAGUGGAGGUUCGCAGUACAUGCCUCCUGUUGAACCAUUGAACUACCGGCGAUUGUUGGAUCGCAACAUGAGCUGCAACUGGAAGUACAUUGUAGACAAGAUCAUCUGCAACAACGACCAGCAAGCGUCUAUCUUCCUUCAACAGAAGCUCAAGGUUGGCACACCAGACCAGAAAUAUGAGAUCGUCGAAGCUAUCAUCGCUCAAGCCUACUCACUGAUGAUCAACCGCUUCGGCAACUUCUUGGUCCAGCGCUGCUUUGAACAUGGCACACCAGAUCAGAUCAUCGCCAUUGCCCAAGCGAUACGUGGUAACACACUCGCUCUCAGUAUGGAUGCUUUCGGAUGUCAUGUCAUCCAGAAGGCCUUCGACUGCGUACCUGAAGAGUACAAGGCCACUAUGGUUCACGAACUGCUGCGUCGCAUUCCAGAGACCGUGAUCCACCGCUAUGCUUGCCACGUCUGGCAGAAGCUGUUCGAGCUGCGCUGGAGUGACUCUCCUCCUCAAAUCAUGCGCUAUGUCAACGAAGCACUCCGAGGAAUGUGGCACGAAGUCGCUUUAGGUGAAACCGGCAGUCUCGUCGUUCAGAACAUCUUCGAGAAUUGUCUGGAAGAAGACAAGCGUCCUUGCAUCAACGAGGUUCUUGCUAGUAUCGAUGUAAUCGCUCACGGCCAAUUCGGCAACUGGUGCAUCCAACACAUCUGCGAGCAUGGUGCUCCCACCGAUCGCAGCCGCGCCAUUGACCACAUCCUCCGUUUCGCAACAGAGUACAGUAUGGACCAAUACGCUUCGAAGGUCAUUGAGAAGUGUCUGAAGAUUGGCAACACCGAGUUCCUGGACAGGUAUCUGGAGCGUGUCUGCGAAGGUCGCCCUGAUCGUCCGCGCAUGCCUUUGAUCGACAUUGCUGGCGAUCAGUUCGGUAAUUACCUUAUUCAGUACAUUUUGACCAAUAGCAGCGUGCAACACCGCGAUGUUGUUGGUAGUCAUAUUCGCAAACAUAUGGUGUCGCUCCGCGGCUCCAAGUAUGGCUCGCGCGUGGCCAUGCUGUGUUGCAACCCAGCUGUCACCACCCGCCCCGGCCCCCCAGCCGGCAUGGUUUCUCGUUUCAACAACCCCGUUGCUCGUACCGCCACCUUUCCAGGCGCCUUUCGUUAAAAGUCAUGUCUGACAAGACCAUCUGGUUCCAACAUACACCGUUGGGUAUUAUGACCACAAAUGCACUCGUUCCCGUUGUCGAUCUCGUCAGUGAGAUAUUCCCAAGCUACAGUCCAUGUCGAGGAAAAUUGUCGCAUUGAUUGGGAUAACACGCAAACCCAUUUCCUAGUGUUGGACGGAUCAACAUCGCUUCUCAAGACAUGUCUAGCCCACAUAUCUCCUUUCUUGUUUAUCUCGGUAUCUUUUUCCUGGGUUGGCUGAGCAGU